CUGUAACGAGUUGAAUAAAGCUUGUAGAACUGGACAGGGCCACAGCAUCAUUGGUGUUCACAGAAGUGACAGAGCAUGGAGUGCCUGUGAUGUUCUUCUCAUCAGUUCGUAGGCAGUUUUCGAAGGACAUGCUGCAGAGGCAGAUGACUGUGGGAGCUGCUACAAAUAGUUUUACACAGAAUCUCUAGGCUGCAUGCUUCAGUAACCAUGGAAGUAGAGAGAACUUCUUCCCAGUUUCAGCUCUCUGCUGAGCUGAUUCUGCUGUUCCUCUUCAUUUGGGGUAAUUUAUGUUCUCCAGACAUCGGCCAGUGCUCAUCACAACCAUGCAAGAAUGGUGGAAUUUGUGUUGAAGGACUAAAUGACUACGUCUGUCAGUGUCAACAGUAUCCUGUGAUGUAUGCAGGGAAGAAUUGUGAAAUACAGCUUGAUGCCUGUCAUUUUAACCUAUGCAUGAAUAACAGCACCUGCCAGAGUACACCAGGAAGCCUGCUGUACAACUGCACCUGCUUACCUGGGUUUGGAGGUACUCUGUGCAACAUUAACAUAAAUGAAUGUGAGAGCAAUCCUUGCCGAGGAGUUCAUGUUGAAUGCAUAGAUAGAGUGAAUGGAUACAAUUGCCUGUGUUCUCCAGGAUAUGAAGGGGAAAACUGCACAACGGAAACGAAUGAAUGCCUUACAAACUCCUGUAUGAACAAUGGAACCUGCUUGGAUGGAAUUGGGAAUUAUACCUGUGAUUGUCAACCUGGUUACACAGGGAUCAACUGUGAAAACGAUAUUGACGAUUGUGCAUCAAAUCCUUGUUUAAAUGGAGCUCUGUGCCUUGAAGGGAGAAAUGAAUAUAAAUGCUUCUGUGUUCCUGGAUAUCAAGGGCCAAACUGUGAAAUUGACAUCAACGAAUGUGCGUCCAGACCAUGCAGAAAUGGAGCCACGUGCAUCCAUGAUGUGGAUCAAUACUUAUGUGUCUGUCCUCCUGGCUACAAAGGUCUGAACUGUGAAGUUGAAAUAAAUGAAUGCGAAUCGAACCCCUGUCAGCAUGGUGGUACGUGUAGAGACAACAUUGCAUUCUAUGACUGUUUAUGUGCUUCUGGUUAUGAGGGAGUUGACUGCGAGACAGAUAUUGACGAAUGUGCCAGCAAUCCAUGUAUCAACCGAGGAACAUGCAAGGACAUGAUGAAUGGUUACAUGUGUAACUGCACUGAAACAGGAUUUAUGGGCACAAAUUGCGAGAUAGACAUCCCUGAGUGUGCGUCCAAUCCAUGUGUUAACAACGGGACAUGUCUGGAAGGAGUGAAAAGCUACACUUGUCUCUGCUGGGAUGGUUACACUGGAUCACACUGUGAAGUCGAUAUCGAUGAAUGUGCAACAAAGCCUUGUUUGAAUAAUGGCACAUGUUUGGAACGCUCCACUCAAAAGUAUUAUGCCCAUCUCCCACAGUUCAAGCCCACUUUCAGUUAUGCUGAUGCAUCUGGCUAUAUUUGCCUUUGUCAACGUGGCUUUGCAGGAGAGCAUUGCUCAGUGAACAUCGAUGAAUGUGAGUCUGGUCCUUGUAUGAAUAAAGGCACUUGUGAAGAUCAAAACAAUGGAUUCAAGUGUCAUUGUGCACCUGGAUUUACAGGGAUGAUGUGUCAAAUCAAUAUCAACGAAUGUGAAAGCAAUCCUUGUGAAAACGGAGGCAAGUGUGAAGAUGGUAUUGCGGAUUAUAGUUGCCAUUGUCCUGCAAUGGAUGACGAUGGUGUCUUCUGGGGAGGAAAGAAUUGCUCAGUUCACUUAAAUGGCUGCCUUGAACACCAAUGUGAUAAUGGAGCAACAUGUAUCCCAAACUUGCUGGAUGGCACUCACAGUUACAAUUGCAAAUGUCCUCCUGGUUAUUAUGAUGCUUCUUGUUCAAAAUCAACAACUUUCUCCUUAUUUAGUGGCUAUGUGACUGUACAAGUUCCAAAUACUAAUCAGAAUAGAACAGCAGCUCAAGAUGAGCCAUUUAGCAUCAGUCUCCGCUUUAGGACAACCAUACCAAAUGUGCUGUUACUCUACCGAGGAGAUAUACUUACUGAAUACAUGCAUGUUCAACUUUAUAGUGGUCAGCUGAUGUCCAUAGCUGUGAUAAAGAGUCAGAUAAUUAGCAUUUCAUUCAUUAAUCAAGUUAAUGAUGGUGAAUGGCAUCAGCUAACAGUUCAAAUGGGUGAAAGUUUCCAAGUCAACUUGACACAUCCUAGUUGCCCAAAUUACACUUGUUCAAACUCAAAGGCCAUUGAUGCAGUUACCCUUCCCUCACUGCAUGCAUUUCAGACGACACACAUUGGUGGCCUCCCAGGAAUGUUUUUUCCAAUUCAGGAUUAUUUUAUUGGUUGCAUACAGGAUUUGGAAAUUGAUAACAGGGCUAUAUUACCACAAACAAUUUCAAAAAAUAUGUCACUGAGAUUUACACUUGGCUGCAAGAAGAUAAACUGGUGCCGGCAGAAUCCAUGUAACAGGAAUGGAAAGUGUGUCGAUUUGUGGACAAAUUAUAAAUGUGAUUGUUUCCGGCCAUUUGCAGGCCCCACAUGCAUUCACGAAUACGUGUCUGCAACAUUCAGCAACGAGAAUUCUAGCAGUUUGGCAACUUUUAUUAUCACGGACAAUCCGGGCACAAAAUUUGUUAUCUCUUUUUUUAUCCGUACACGAAAGGUAGCUGGCUUCCUAAUGCAAUUCAGGCAUGGUACAAUUCCUUAUCUCACAAUAUAUCUGAAUAACAGCAGCAUUUACAUCAAAACAAACGUUUUGAUGAUAAACUCAUCAAUGAACCUUGCUGAUGGCAUUAAGCGACUGAUAGAAAUUCGUUUUGAUGAAGCCUGGGUAACCGUUACUGCUUCAGAUGUUAUUCUGCUCGACUUUCUGUUGUCUUCUGUGAAGAUUCAACCUUUUGACAUUGUUCAGAUUGGUCAAGAUCCUCAUGAUUCUGCUCAAUGGGGAGGACCUUUCAAGGGCUGCCUGCAGGAUGUAAGGCUCAACAAUAUACAACUAGAGUUUUACCCGCUGGAAGAGGGAAAUUACAGCUCAUCGCUUGACAUUUACAGCAAUAAGACACUUGUAAAUGUGAUCAAGGAUUGUGUCAGUGAUGAUUCUUGUAUGAAUGCUCCUUGCCAAAACGGAGGCUAUUGUACUGUGACAUGGAAUGAUUUUGAAUGUCAAUGUCCACUGGUGUACAGUGGAAGGACCUGUGAAAGUAAAGUGUGGUGUGAGACUGACCCGUGCCCUGCAGGAUAUCGCUGUCAGAAUCUUCCGGGUGGAUACGAAUGUUAUGCUAAUGUAACAUUUCAAGGUGAAAAUCCAAUGAUCUACAUUGGCAACAAGUUUAUCACAAGAGAUCUCAUAAGCAUUUCCAUGGACUUCAAAACCAGAAACGUGGAUGCUGAUCUGCUACAGGCUAGCAAUGGCGCUGAGUCCAUUUGGUUUGGUAUCCAUAACUCUAACUUGCAGUUCAGACUGUAUAGCGGAAAUAGUCUAGAAGCCAUCACUCUUUCUAGCAAUGUCAAUAUCUCUGAUGGACAGUGGCAUUCAGUGCUCAUUACAAUGGUGGAGCCUUUAAUGAUGUCCUCAAGGUGGACCAUGGUUCUUAAUGGAAAUCCCAAUUUUAACAGUCCAGUCACUGCUGGGAAUUUAAAUUUUCUUCAACAUAAUGUGAAUAUAACCCUAGGCAGCAGUUUUACAGGUUGUCUUGGUGUGGUUAAAAUUGGUGGAAUAUACCUGCCUUACUUCAAGCAAAAUAUUUUUACAGACACUGAACAGUUCAUCCUAGUAAAUAAGCCCCCAGUUCAUAUUGGAUGCUUUGGCACAGAGGUAUGUUCCUCAAAUCCAUGCCAUAAUAAUGGAACAUGUGUAGACCUAUUUGACUUUUACCAGUGUAACUGCAUGGCAGGAUGGGAAGGCACCAGAUGUGAACUCAAUGUUGAUGACUGUGCAUCCAUUCUCUGUAUUCAUGGUAACUGCAGCGAUUUGUUGGAAGGCUACAAGUGUAGCUGCAACCUGGGCUACACUGGCAAAAACUGUGAGAGUAAUAUAGAUGACUGUGUGAACCACAAAUGUAGAAACAACGGGACCUGCAUUGACAGUAUCAACUCAUACUUCUGCAACUGUCUGCACCAGUUCACUGGACGAUAUUGCGAAUGGUCCUACCCACCAGUCAAAUGUGGAGAGAGGUUCAGCUGUAACAAUGGAGGUCUUUGCACUGAUGGGUUGUGGGGUGCCAAUUGUACCUGCAAACCAGGCUUUACUGGAGUAAGAUGUGAAGAAGUGGUAAAUGAAUGUGAUUCAAAUCCCUGCCAGAAUGGAGGGACCUGCCAUAACCUGGUCAACAAGUUUGUGUGCGUUUGUGGCGAUAACUUUGCAGGUGAACAGUGCGAGCUUGAUAGAGGGAAAAAGGCCGAUGCUGUUCCACUGCUGGCAAUAGCUGUGCCGGUGGUGUGUGGAAGUGUGCUACUGAUUGUAAUAUCUCUUAUUUUUGUGGUUCUUACUGCACGUAAAAAACGUCAGACAGAAGGGACGUAUAAUCCAAGCCAACAAGAAGUGGCAGGGGCUCGAUUGGAGAUGGAUAGUGUCCUUAAAGUGCCACCUGAAGAGCGCUUGAUAUGAUUACUCAAAUGAAUGUUUAGAGAAACAGAUACUUCUGUUUUGAAAAGACUUCCUACCUGAUGGGACAGGUAGCAUUUCUGCUGUGAUAUGCCUCCUGAAUACUACUGAUUUCUGAUACAACAAGCAAAUUCUCUCAUUCCAAGCAUCUGCUUCAUCAAGAAAGUGAUCACCAAUUAAUCUUGGCUGUGCAAUUUUCUCAUGGUAAAUCCAGCUGGUGACCCCCCCCCCGCCAAACCCAAUGGGAAAAUUCGCCCUCAGUAUGCUGCUUCUUGCAAUGCCACAUGGAUGAAAUAACUUAUCACAGUAUCUACAGAAGUCAACCAUGACAGAUUCAAGCAUUUCCAUUUACGUAAUGAUGCAGCAUCACAUCAGCUAAGAUCACUUCAGUCUCAGAAGUAGAUUUAACUGGUUAUUCUAAUCCUCCGUCAGCAUCUUGUGUUGACUGAAAAGCAUUUAAAUGAGCUCUUGUUCUCCGACAUGAAAUUAUGAUGGAAAGCUGUUCUCAUAUAACUAACUGUGAACUAAUUUUCAGUAUUAACUAGUUCCUUAAAAGCAGAUACAAUGCCAGCUGGCCUUGAAAAUGAAGUUACAUUUAAAAAAAGUUAGCUGCAUGUAAAUGGUAGAGGUUUUUCUUUUCUUGAGUCUAUAUUUACUGGGAAAGGGUUCCACAUUAAGUGAUGGUACCUGUUAUACAAAAUUAAUCUUCUCUGGAACUUAUAUCAUUGUCUAAUGUUUUCCAUGUCUAAUUAAAGACAUGUUGAUCAUGAUCAAGUUUGUGCACAGCUUAGAAGUACGUAUUGUUUGUUGCAUCAACAGUUCUCAUUGGUAUACUGUUCCUGCCCAUUUUAUUGGCAAACUGCUGUUGUGUGAAAAGUCUCCUCGUAAAGUUAGGAUGAAAGUUUGUUACUUAUGGUCAGAUGUGAGAUGUUGGACAAGAUCAAUAAACAGUGUAAUUUUCUCACUUCCAUUUUACUCAUCGGUGAUGUUCUACAACAGAAAGGAAAUUACGUUCCAUUAUCGGUGGUUCUGUGGCUACAGCUGGAGGACUUGUUAUCUGCAUCAUAGCUGUUAUAGUUCUGGUGCUCACU